UAGUUCCACCAUGGAGUCGACUAACGGCACAUCCUCGAAUUCUAGCUUCUCAACGUCGCGCCAGCUAUGCAACUUGGGCAUUAUCAGCCAGUGAUAGCGCCCCGCUUUGCGGAUGUUAUUUAUCGCAAGAAGAUCGUCAUCCUGAGUAGCAGCAUUAGUAUGAUGCAGCAUCGUUUAUUUUUGAUGUUUGUCAAGAUGCACCUCAUAGAUAAUGUUCUCCUCAAAUCUACUUCGGUCACAAAAGAUGCAGUAUGUUUGCACCUUUUCCUUCCACUCUAAAUGGGUUAGGUAAUAAAUGAAAGACCAUAUCCUCUUCAUCACGACGAUGGAACGUAAGGUAGUAAGGUAUGGUACCUAAAUGGAAGGUUAGAAAAAGAGAGAGGCAUGGUCUUUCAUGAUAGUAUUGAAAGUAUUAAAUCGGAUAAUAAUGUUUGACAAGGAUCCGGGUAAUUCCCGGCUGUCUUUCUGUUAGCCAUUUUAUGCCUAUCAAGUAGUUUAGGACUAUUACGAGAUGGUACUGGUUGCCUCAAGGUAUAAUAAGACUGAAAGGGGUGCAAGUAGAAAUUUCAUCUCUCAUGUUUUAUUAUGGUCUCUGUUGUUAGGCAUCGCCGAAGCUACCUUGCUCCGCCCCAUGAGUGCAAUCAUGCUGGCUGGUUGGUUACUAGUCGGGGCUGUGGGAAUGUAUAUAUUUCCAAUUACCUCGAAAAAACAAACAUCUUUUCUUGUCUCCCUUGAAUCAAUUCAAUCGGCACGGGCACUAGCCCAAUUUACCUCGUCACGUUCUUUAGUCAGUGCUCUUUAUUUGGGGCAGAGUACAGAGUAAUCCCGAGUGGACAUAUGUAGUAUAACUAGGCUCUAAUAGUUAGAGGAACUCCUCGAGUUGUGCAAUAUUUUACAUGCGGUAAGCCUGUCUUAUCACUUUCGUACCCUUCAUACACAUCAUCACCUAGUGAUAUAAGUUACUAUGGACUCUAAAAUAGCACAUAAGUCCUAGGAUACAAAGGGACAGGAUCCGGGCAAAUAUACAGACCUUUUCAAUGAGUCCUCUUAGCUUUGGUUAGGGUGUGUUCACAGGGUCAUUUUCUGACAUACAUGUACCUAUUUGAUACCUUAACUGUCGUAUUGAAAUCUAAGUAAUUUAAAGCCCUUAUUAAGUGUAAAGCUAUCUGAUCUUGUUAUAAAGAUUGAGGAAAGUUUGAUACCACGGGAAUAUAACUUUCCACAUACAUAUGACAAUACUUACUUUACUCGUCACUGG